AUGGAAGCAGAACAAGUAGAUUGCGUGGUUGUUGGUACAGGCUGGACGGGGCUUAUUUGCGCGAAGACAUAUCUUGACUUUGAACCUCAGGCAAACCUGAUCCUAAUCGACAAUGGAGAAUCAAUUGGUGGGUCUUGGAGGAUAGAGAGGAUCUAUCCCAGCUUGUAUGCUCAGGUCAAAUACGGCCAGUUUGAGUACUCAUUCUUGCCUAUGCGCCGGGAAGGCAUCAGUGAUGAUGGAUACAUCCCAGGAGACACAAUCAACAGAUACCUUGUCGACUUCGCAAAGAAAUAUGAUCUUUCCAGGAGGUCCCGGCUGUCUACCACAAUUCGCCAAAUCACGCGCCUGCCUGGACGCGGCUGGCGAUUGGAUCUCGGGGACGACAAGGCUCCGGUGGAAUGUGCGAAAUUGAUUUACGCCUCGGGGCCAACAUCUCACGCUGUCAUUCCCUCCUGGCCCACGUCAAAUUUUGACAUACCCGUUAUCCAUUCGACAGAGACAGGUACACACCUAGAUGCCCUCGACAAGAUCCAAAGAGCGACUGUGGUCGGUGGGGCAAAGUCAGCAUUCGAUACAGUCUUCCUCCUCCUUAAUGCCGGGAAGAAAGUCGACUGGGUCAUCCGAAAGGAUGGGGCUGGUGCCGCGGCGCUGAUGCCGCCGACAAUCUUUGGCCUGGUCAAUACUAUUGACGUGAUGGCCACUAGGAUGUUCGCUUCCUUUGGAGCCAGUAUUAUGGCCACGAAGGGCUUCUCUUACAGAUUUAUCCAUAGGACAAGUCUGGGCCUGGCGUGUCAUAAGACUUUCUGGAGAAUUACUAACUGGAUCGCUGACAGACAUGCUGGCUACGGCAGGUCUUCCAAUGCAGCCAAAUUGAGACCGCUUCCGCAUGGCGAAGGAAUUUUCUGGGCCAAUGGCGGUCUUGGAUGUGCCAGCGUUCCAAACUUUUGGAAGGUGUUCCAUGCUGGAGAUGUCACAGUUCACAGAUCCGAGCCGGAGUCGUUUAUAGACAAUACCGUCAGACUUCGCGACGGUGCGGAACUACAAACUGACUAUGUGAUACUGUGUACUGGAUUCGACAAGAAUUACGACCCAUUCGAUCCCGACCUGGAAGUGCAAUGCAGUUUGAGACUCGACUCAACCGAGGUGGGUAAGUGGGCUCAAUUGGAGACCAGGGCAGCCAAGACAGUUGAUGAGCUCCUACCGGUACUCCGGGACUCUGGUGUCCCACUCCGCGACCUGGAGACAAUGAAAAACGAGACUGUAAAUGGAGAGAAAAAACAGCUUUCGUUCGGACCGUCCCGACAUUACCGACGUAUGGUCGCCCCUAAGCUUGCAGCAGAGGGUGACAGAUCAAUUUUCUUUCCGGGGCUGAUGCACAACGUUUACACACCUCUCGUCGGCGAGGUGCAGGCCUUGUGGGGUGUUGCGUUUCUGCUCGGCCUGCAUGAUGUGCCCUCUCUGCCCAAGAUGGAGCAGGAGGCAGCCAUAUGGAAUGCGUGGACCGCCAAGCGGUAUCUCACACAGGGUCGCAAGCACUCAUACGGCAUCUAUGACUUCAUCUCAUAUAUUGACCUCCUGCUUAACGAUCUGGGUAUCCAGACCAGACGAAAGGCUAAUCCACUUGCGGACAAAUUUCUGCCAUAUUAUCCAAGGCAUUAUCGGGGAAUCCUUGAUGAGUUUAAGCAAGUGCAGGCGCGAAAGCGGGAGGGCAAUAUGUUUGUCGGCCCAGCCCCUACAGUACAGGCAGCUUGGUGA